GGUCUCUGAUGGGCGACCCGGCGCUCAUGAUCAGUUUGUACCCAGAGUUCCCUGCGGAUGUGAUGUCAUCACUGGCGUCUCAGGGCGAGUUCAUUUUUGUGGUCGACAGAUCCGGCAGUAUGGGCUGCGAGAUGCAUCAUGGGAAAGACGCACAGAAGCGCAUUGAAAGCGCAAGAGACACGCUGCUGCUGCUGCUGAAGAGUUUGCCCAUGGGAUGCUACUUCAACAUCUACGGAUUCGGCUCUAGUUUUGAGUCCUUCUUCCCUCAGAGUGUUGUGUACAGCGAGGACACGAUGGAAGAGGCUCUGAAGAGAGUGAAGAGCAUGAACGCAGACAUGGGCGGCACAGAGAUCCUACAGCCGCUGAACCACAUCUACAGUCAGCCCUGUUACCCGGAUCACCCCCGACAG